GUAUCAGUUCCCUCCAGAGCUCUAAGGAACCAACAAAAUAAACAAAAUGAACGCCUUGAUCCUUGCCGCUUUCACCAUCUUGGCUGCCGCCGCCACCGCCUCUGGCUCUAUCCACGGUCUAGGUCUUGGCCUCGGCCACGCCGCAGGACAUGUCGCUGUAGUAAACCCCCACGCCCUUAGCCCAGUUGGACCUUCUGGAAUCGUCACCGGACAUGGAGCUUCUGGACCAUCCGGCGUGGUGACUGGAGCUGGUGCCGCUGGACCUUCUGGAAUCGUUACUGGAGCUGGACCAAUCGGACCCACUGGACCAGCUGGACACGGUCACGGAUACGGCUAUGGACACGGUUUGGUGGCUGCUCCUCUCGCAGCUGCCCCAUGGGCUGCUGCUGGACUUGGACAUGGUGCAUGGGGUCUUGGUGGUCAUGGACUAGGUUUGGGAGGUCAUGGACUCGCUUUGGGAGGACAUGGACUCGCCUUGGGCGCUCAUGGGCAUGGUUGGUAAAUGUUGGAGAAGCUUGAACCUGUAUAGUAUUAUAAUUUAAAUAAAAAACAGUAUCUUUCUAUA